AUGGUUGCACAUGCGAUAGUCAUUGACAAUGGGUCUUUCGAAUGCCGGGCUGGUUUCUCUAAUAAAAAGGAGCCCAGUAUGCAAUUCAGAAAUGUCGUUAUGAAAUCGCGGUCUCGUAUGAGGGAAACGUUUGUGGGUUCAGUUGAUGAUGAUAUGGACGUUAACCAAGUUAAUACCAAAUCGGCAUUUGAACAAAACCUGGUUACUCAGUUGGAUGUCCAGGAAAUUGUCUUUGAUCAUAUUUUUUCGAAACUUGGCGUACAAUCAAAUGGAAUAGAUCAUCCUGUAAUAAUGAGUGAGGCUUUAUGUUGUCCCCAGCAGUGUCGUUCUCAAGUCACGGAACUCCUUUAUGAAACAUACUCUGUCAACAAGCUUUCCUUCUUUGUUGAUGGACUUGCCUCUUUUUAUUGGAACUUCGAUCACGCUUUUGAAGGCUCCCACUUUGAUACAGUCAUGGUUUCAUUCGGGUAUCACACGACACAUAUUAUUCCAUUUUCUGGUGAACCAGUGCCCAUGUAUAUACCAGGGGCGUGCCGUCGAUUGUCUGUUGGCGGUGCCCACGUCUCGUGGUAUUUGCAGCAACUUUUGGCGCUUAAGUAUCCGUGUCACGCCGAAAAAAUUACAACCCUUAUUGCUGAAGACCUCAUUCACAAUUAUGGAAGAGUGUGCGAGAAUUACCGAGAAGAAAUGUGCCGGUGGAAGGAUGAAGUCUACAGACUCGAUAACACACACACGUGGAAUAUGCCUUAUUCAGAUGAAACGCAACUUAAGGCCCGUGAAUUGGUCGAACGCAGACAAUUUCAGGCUGAUCGACUUCGAGAAUUUCAUCGAAAACGAGCCCUUGAAAGAGUGAAAGAUGAACAGUUUGACUCAGAUGAGUCUGAUGCUCAAAGCAUUCAUGGAGAUGUGAAACGGGAUAUCGGAGACAGUGGAAGGGAUACCAUAGCUUCGCCGUCUCUUUGCGACGGUGAAACAAGUGAGGAAUCACUUCUAAGAAAACUCAUUAAUCUCCGUGAAAAAAAGGCCACCGAACUUCUUGGUUCCCUUGCUUAUCCUGCCGCCGUCCAAGCCCAAAUGACAGCUACUCCACCCACUAGCUUGCAAGGUUUGAAUGACCAAAAAAUGAAACGACGAAUUUUGGCUGAAAAUGAUCUCGAAGCAAGACGCGGACAUGAUUUUUGUCUAUGGCUAUCUCAGGUAAAUAAUAAACGACAGCGAAUAGCCAAGCAGCGAACUCUCCGCCAAUCUAAGGUCGACUUAGCCACAGAACUUGGCCUUCACAAUCAGGACAAUUUGAACGAGGAGAAGGAUAAUGUUGCUCCGCAAGCUCCAGUGAGUGAUCGAAAACAACGAAAAAUCGAAAAGAUUCGUGCAAUGACUAGCGAAUUGAAAUCUGAACGCGGUGGAGGUGCCAAACGUGGUGGUGGGGGACGUGGAGGUAGUCGGAAACUACAGGUUUCACGGAAGGACUCCAGUCGCAAUGUGGGCGAAAUGACUCCAAUUGGUGAUGAGGACAGUUGGCUGGAAGAGGAGAUGGUUCUUGAUAGUUUGGAUGCAUUUUCUGAGGAUCCUGUGGCGGAACUCGCUGAUUUGGAUCCGAUUCCCCAGCAAAAUCAACAGGAUCAAUCACCGGCCUCACCGACCUCCUUCAUCUCAAUGAGCAGCGCAAACAACUCGAGGAGUCGAGCUAAAGACGCCUUUGACAGGCUGGAGGAUGAAAGCGCAGAUCUAAGCGAAUGCGAGCGCGAUCAGCUGGCGGUCCUCGACAGUGUUCGAGCCUCCUACGACCCAGAAUUCCUCAAAGAAACGGGCACAGUUGGGCUGAAGGUGGAUAUUUCCGAAUACUACAAGAUACAUCUUUCAUCUGAGCCAAUCCGCGCAACAGAAGUACUUUUUGAGCGCAGCUUAAUGGGCAAUUCACAAGCUGGUGUAGGAGAGUGCCUUUCUUGGGUAUUGCGCGAUUCAUCCCGAUAUCUCUAUCAAGAUGCCUCGAAACCAUGGGUGCCACAACUUCUUUUCCUCACGGGAGGCUUGGCAAAACUACCUGGAAUGAAGGAGCGGUUGCAAAUAGAGCUUCAGCAGCUGUUACCAUGGAGAGAGGAUGGAAACCCACCAAGGGUAGUUGUGGCAGGCAAGUCUCUUUUAUUGCUUAAUCGGAAACUGAAUUUGCAAUCGUCGAGGCACCUCGAUGCCUGGCGAGGAGCUCAGCUUUGGAGCAAGCGUUCAAGUGAAAGUGGAUUCAAGGAUUUUACAACGAGGAAGGAAUAUGAAGAAUGCGGAUUCGAUUAUUUGGUGGAACAUGUAAUUAGCAACCGCUUCUACGCUAGCCUUAAAAACUUGGAGGUCAAUCCAAAGUUUAACCCGGGCAGGGGCCGCCAACCAGGGACUAUUUCUAAACUUUCAAUGGAGUCAUAA